AUGAUUGUAUUAGUGUAUCAAAUGUUUUUCUUAACAAGUACGUACGUAUUUGUUGGCGUAUUCUUUCUUACUGCAAUUGUUCUUGCUAUUGUUGUGGAUAGCUACUGCAUAUUAUUUUCAUUUAAAUGGAAAGAUCAAGACUAUAGCGAACAACUAACUAUCCAAGUGAUCCGUACUUUUAUAGUGACAAUUUUCAUGUUUGAAGGGGUGAUGCGAUUUCUGGUUCUUGGCAAGAAGAUUCUUUCUCCACUCGAGCUCACAGAUGUCGUCUUGAUUCUUAUUGCAUUCUUCGCAAACUGCGCAUGGUACGCUUCGUUUGUAUCCCGUGACAUCAACCGYAAUAUUGCCACUCUAAUAUCGUGCUUGGCUGUGUUCUUUCGUCUACCGUUCAACAACACACAACUCAAGCGAGCCAUUGAAGUGUUUAUUCGAAUUGCACCAGUCAUGGUCGAUCUUAUUUGCCUGUUAUUUAUUAUUUUGUAUUUAUUAGCCAAUGUUGGAAUGGAAUUAUUUAAAUGGUCACCAGUUCGUAAGGGUGAGCACAUGUACUUGGAGCAAUGCGGCAUUGGAUUCAAUACAUUUGCUUGUUCUUGUAUUGUACUGUUUCAAAUGGUUACAACAAGCAACUGGCAUGAAAUCAUGAAUUCAGUAGUCCAGUCAACACAAACAUAUUGGUCAAGUAUGUACUUUGUAUUGGCGUACAUUGUAGUAAACAUGGUAGUAAUGAAUCUUUUCGUAGCUAUUGCGAUAGAGGCUUUCAAUAAACUAGCUUCAAACGAAGACCAACAAAAUACUGUGAUAGGAAGACAUUUGUCCGACCAAAGACCAAUUACAGCAAAGCCUUCGGUGAAGAAACAGGCAGUAGAUGUCUUGAACAGCUUCGCCAGCAGUAUCUUCGGCAGCGCAAGGGCAGAGCAAGUUGCAGGCCGCAGACAGUCUCUAGCUUCCCCUACCAUAGGAAUAAAAAGAGGAUCUAAUGCGGUGGCUAAGAACAACAAUGAUCCUUUAUCAGAAGACGAUGAAAAAUCUGAGGAAGAAAACGAUUUCAAAGGAGAUAAGAGAGAGAGAAAGCUUAAAAAGCGAAUGAAGGAAAAAAAGAAGACCAAAAGGAAAAUAAGCAACGCUGGGGGAAAAGUUCGAGUCGUUACUGCAUUCAAAGGAGCCAGCGGUUCAGACCUUGAUUUGACGGUCGGAGAUGAAGUCACGAUUAUACAAAAAACUGACAACUGGUGGCAGGGGCACUGCAAGAAUCGAGUUGGUUGGUUUCCAGCCUCUCAUGUUGUAAUGGGUACAGUCAAAGCUGUACCGGAAUAUCGACGAAAAAAGGACAAAACUGAACCUGACAGCGACACAGAGACGGGAGACGUAAACCAUACUCAGGUGAUUGAGCUUACCCAUGAGAAGACACCUCCACCUGUAGUUGGGGUAGAAAACUCGUUUAUGAGGGAAAGAGCAGGAACUCUUUCCUCCCAGCCACCGGGAACUCCGCCAGUGAGAGGAAGGUUAAAGAUCAAGAAGACAGGCGACUGGAGAAAGGAAAUUCUSGGUGAAAUGACUGUCAUGAAUGCCGAGGAGUUAAGGGAGUUAAACAACAUCAUGAGAGCCGAACUACGAACACCAGAUCGAGGCAGAUCGCGAACCAAAAAAAUGAGUACAUUAGGUUUGGAAACUAGUGGAGAUACAAGAGACUCCGUGUUUCCAGAAGAAGCCGAAUUCGCUGAUGAACAAGGUCACAGACCAACGAGUGCACGAUCAGGGGAACGGCCAUAUUCAAGUCGCUAYAACAUGCGGCCGAGUAGUCCUGCACCUGGGCAUAACGCUGUGAGACCAUAUAAUGCCCAAGAAUCACGUGACAAACAAGACAAAAACCCWAGGGUCCCAGACCUGUUUAUUGCCCCAGGCACCCCGACUACCAUACGACGAGCUUCUGAACAAAGAAAACAAUCGAAAGGKGACAUUAAAAAGCUUAAAGUAAAGAACCUUCCUGCUGCACCAACUGYAAAGACAAAAGAAAACAAAAAGGAAGUUAAAAAGGGAAAUGGUGAGAUGCCUGAUUGGAUGGUGAAGUUCGUUAACGAUAAGAAACUAACGGUUGGCGAUGAUGUGAAACUUGAUGAAACAAARCAUGGAAAGGGAAGACGAAGUUCUUCGACSUCAGGGGUGUCAACUCGAACAGGGACAGGGACGUCWAAGUCAACAUCGUCAACGUUGAAGACUGGUACUGGAACGUUAAAAGCAAGGUCUACAGGAAACAUUCCACAUGAAGUAGAAUCCUCYAGAGCUUCGAAAAGUACACCCAACGUACGGAAGAAGAGUCAAGCACAAACGCCUGGGGCUACUUACAGAUGAUCUUUGUACACAUACUAUAAUUAAUACUAAGUUAUUGUUGUCCUAUAGGAAAUCACACACAAGAAUAAUCGGACGGUAAAAUGCGUGCAUGUCCAUGGAAAGUCUGCAAGAAUGUUUUGAUACCUGAAUGUCUAAAAAUCUUUCUAAGCACAUCGAUCAUCUCUUUAUAAGAAAAUAUUAUAUUAUCAUAGAAAAAGUCCAUCUUGUAUAUAAUGUAACUACAAUACUAGAGAUUUUGAAUAUGUCCGCCAUCUUGAAUUCCAAAAGAUUUCUAUAAAGCUUUGAGUAUUUUUGAGCUGCGUUCCAAGCAGAAAUUAUAAAUCUAAAGUUCCGACCAAAAAAGUGGAUCACAUUACUGUGACAACCUUACAAGCUGAACAUUGCAUUUAAAGCUGCUUGGUGAGAACAUCAUUUGGAUGAAGUUUUAUGUCCUUCAAUCAUUCAACAUUUGAAACKUURUGACGCUUGUAUAAAAACAACAACAUUGAAGUGGCAACGUCUUGUAAAUACAAAACUGAGAUUUGUACAAUAAAAGAUCAAAUUUAUAAGAAAA